GAUCGUUUGAGGCGAGGUGUCGGUCGAUUUUUAAACCUGCGUAUCCGACGUUCGGUCAGACUCGAGAAACGAAAUUCGAUAUUGGCAAGCCUCAGGAUGAGCCGUACUCCGUGCGAUAAGGAGGGAGGCGAGAGCGGCAGCAAUAACAGCAGCAGGAAAAUAAGAACGAGAAGAAGCAGCAGAAGAAGAAGAAAAAACACGGUUAAAGAUCGUGCGAAACUGUUGACGGUGGAAGGAAAGGCGGAAAUCACAUGCUGCUCGAAUUGCGGCUUCGAGAGCAAACGAGCCUUCAACGUCAUCAGGCAUUAUCAACGAAUCCACGAUCCUGCUAAGAGAAAAAUUGAGUGCUGCGGUCGCACAAUUCUGACGAAGGGCGACUACUAUCAACACUGCGCUGACAAUCAUCCGGAAUCGCGAAAAUCUUCGAUUGUGUCGAGGAAAAAAUACAAGAUAACGAAAAGAGAUCGUCGACACGAGGAAGGACAGCCGGCCCUGGGGGGAAGGAAGAAAGGAGAGAGGAGAGAGAGAGGAGUAAAAAAGAGGGAGGAAAUUGAUUCGGAAAAUUUUCUCAAACCUAAGGAGGAAAAUUGUGUGACGAUAUUCAUCGAGGGUGAUCCUUCGUCUCCUGUACACGCAAAAAACCUUGCAGAAUUUCUCGACAACAUCGAUUUCGAAAGUUUCAAGCUGCCCUGAUUGUUGUUCAAUUUUAAUAACAAUUUUUUAUACCCUCUGCACGAUUCAGGCAAAAUGAGUAUCGAAUUAAACUAUUUUCAGCAUCUAAUGGUACAAACUGUAAACCGUAUGUGAUAGAAAAAACAUUUCACUACCGACCAAGGUACAAACUUUUAUGUAAUGUAACUGUAAUAGAUGUAAGUGCCGAUUUAAGUCAUUAACAAGUUAAUUAAUUUGCCUAAUUAAGAAUAAUAAUACCUCAGCCAAGAAAUACUUGCCAACAGAUGUACGUCAAGUGAUUUAGAUUUUAAAAGAAGAGAAGAAAAAAUAAGUCUGUGACGUGAAAUAUUUACACAUAUAUACAUUGCAUAUCGUUACUUUUGUUGUGUUAUUAUACCAAAUAUCGUUAAGAUUUUUAUAGAGUUAUGUAACAAUAGACGGUAAGUCGACCAGUGCUAUGAUAUAUCGAUUAAGACUUUUUUACGCGUAUAUUUAAUCGUUGAAUACUUAUAUUAAUUACUGUCUAAUGAAUAACGUUGAAAGA